CAGGACGCUCCAUGAGUUCACGCUCUCAAACGCUCCGUUUCUCAGACCACUCAUUCACAACCACUCAUACUUUCUCUCUGUCUCGGCAUUGUUUACAUAAUAAAACACAGAAAUCAAUGUCAUCACCUGAAGCUGUCAAAGUUUUAAAAAUAGACUUUUAUAGAUCUAUGUCAAUCAUCUAUUGAGCGUAAACUAGUGUACUUUCACCAAGCUGGAAGACUUGCUCAACCCCUCUGAACUAUAAUACCAUGCAGAUGCAUUAAUUUUAAUAGUGCGUAAAUCAAAGCAAGGUUAAAGACCGCAGACAUAAUUAACCACACGCGGUGGUUAGUUGACACGGCAGGAAUCCAAGCCACGAGCUCACGGGGGUAAUUGUAAACGACAGGAGAGGAAGGAGUAUAUCUCAAGGUGUGAGUGAAAGUGAAGUGACUGAGAACAAAUGCAAAUUGGCCCCAUCUUCCUAUAACUAAGGCCAAAUAACACGGGAAAAAUUGGUUCCAAGGAUAGUAUUCAAAGUGGAGAAAAAUUGAGUUGACACUUUAUAUUUAUCUCUUAUUACAUACAUAAAAUAAAUCACUAGAAAUCACUUAGUCUACUAAAUACCUUUACGUUCUUCAGUGUAUUUUAUCAAUCGAUUAUCAAAUCUGUACCCCAUUGCUUCGGUAAUUAGUCAAUCUAACCAGUGAGAAGCCAGUGUGAAUAUAAAUAAGCGUUGAAUCCACGAAGCCACCUAUUUUGUCAGAGAGGAGGAGAAUGAGUGGCGUUGUGGACUUUCUCCAUGCUACACGUUAAAAACUAGAAACUCGAAUAAAGUGCUAGCCAGCCAGCCAAGCAUCUGAAGAGUGCAACUUUGUCUUGCGGAAAAUAGGAGUCUUCUGCUCGGAGAAAGUUGAGACUCCAGUGGACGUCGAGGGUGCAUGUAUAAAGAGACCAAGAAGUUAAGGAGACAAGCUCCGAGAAAUAAAUUGUAGCGAAGACCGGGUUGAAACCAGGAGCCAGGAAACCUCAAAAAGGAAGUCAAGUACUCUCUGUUCUUCUUUAUGCAGUCGAAUAUGAGCGUGCGAUAUAGUGAGUCUUCUGAUAUUUGAGAAAAAUCUGGCGAGUUCAGUGGUGCAAGUUGACGAUUUCCCUCAAAAAGUCUAAAAAACUCAAGACGGAUCUUUAUCUGACACUGGGUACACAUAUACCGUGAACAAAAGUGAAAGUCCCGAACUAUAAAGUUUUACCAGCGCUUAGAGUGGAGACUUUUGUUUGAAUUAAAAAUUAGGAAAGUAAAGUAGAAACUUUAAACACCAACAAAGUUUUUUCUUCAAAUGUUGCCACCCAGCGCUAACAGAAAAGCUCUCCCUCAAAAGCAUAAUAUUUGCUAAAAGGCAAAAAGCUGCUGCGAGUGAAAGUUGCACCGAACGCGGUUUUUAGAGAGCUUGUGGUCUGCUAUGUCAUGUUGAUUGUUAAUGUUUACUGAGCCUAUCGCGUAACCGCUACUACGACCAACCGUAUGUGCCACAUUGUUGGCCAAAAGUUCGCAUACGCUACUUAAAAAACUUGUUUGGCGUUUGGAGUGGGCGAGGAUUUAAAGUUGACGAGAGCCACCUAUCCCGAAUAUUGUUUGCCAUAAGUCCUUCCACUUCCCACGGACUCGCAGAUUUCCUCAUUCCUCAACUGAGUACUCUUCCAAUAAUUAAAUUCGUUUGCAAUUACUAACUUUACGACCUUCAUCCAACUUUGUGACUCUCCUGGUCGUCCACCUCUUACGUAAAUUCCGGUGAAGUGGAACGGGAGGAUCGGUACGUUGCGAAGAAAUUUAAUCUGACUCCCGUGUCGCUUAAUUAUCACCUGCAGCCAUUUCCGCAGACCAAUCGAAUAUCCUUGAGUUCUAUUUAAUCAGACUCUACAUAAGUCUCCACCGAGGGAAAGUGAGGAAAGGUGUGACGGUGUGACUUUCUGAACCCUUAAUCUUCUCCUUUCACGACGACGACGACGACGACAACGGUACCAUUGACUAAUUUGAAUACAUUCUUGAAAAUCCUGUCACCUGCAAGUUGGAAAAUUAAGCAAGAUCAGUGAAUAAACAUGUGAUGAGUUACAUUGCAAUCGAAAGGGGUUAAAAAUUAGGGCACGUACAAUUACACAGCCGUGUAAAACUAAAUAACCAGAUAAAAUACUGGGUUCGGCUCGUUUCCCUAACCCCACAAGAGUCUAAAACUUCGAUUUCUUGACUCUCUGCCUCCUUGCGUCAUUAGCAACUCCCAGUGCACAAAUCAGUAAUUAGUUCGUUAGGAGUUUUCAUCCAUCACUCUCUGAAUCUAUAGAUUGCGAGUCUACAGACUCUCCCACGACUACCAACCACCUCCUCCGUCAAAAAUAUCACUUUGACGAGUUUUGUAGUUAAAUCAAAGUCAAGUCAAAAAGUGCUGACUGGCAGUUGAGUGGUGGCGAACACAAACAGAAGUUGGAAGAACAGCAAAAUGACUGGAUCUCGGAGUUUCCUCAUUUUUCUAUGCAUCCUGAUGGAGAUUGUGCUCUACGGUGCAGAAACAUCUGAUGUGCUGCCUGGAGUUGGAAAUAUAUAUGUGUCAGAUGGGAAAGUCGAACGUCCAUAUUUUGAGGUGGCCGGACCGAGAAAUGUCACUUAUAUCGUGGGACACCAUGCUCAGCUUCAUUGCCGAGUGCGACAUGCAGGAGAUAGAAUGGUGUCGUGGAUCCGAAAAAGGGACUUACAUGUGCUCUCCUCUAAUCAAAUUAGUUUUACAUCUGACGCUCGAUUCAGCGUUAUCCAUCCACAAGAUUCUGAUGACUUUAAUUUGCAAAUAAAAUUUGUGCAAAAACGAGAUGCGGGUAUCUACGAAUGCCAAAUACCGAACUUGGGGGAAACCAUAAAGUACCAAGUUCUCCUCAAUGUCGAAGAUCGCGAAAUAAUUUCGGAUCAGCACAGUAUCCAGUCCCCAAGAUCCACUAAAGAAGCGCAAGCAAUGAUUUCUGGACCGGAAUUCGUAAGGACUUCAAGCACAAUCAGUCUUACCUGUUCGGUGAAUAUCCAUUCCCAGCCAGCCGGAUCAGUUACAUGGUAUCACGGUCAGAACGUGGUUGACUUUAACAGUCCCAGGGGCGGAAUAAGUAUGGAAACGACAAAGUCAGAGUCAGGCAUCGUUUCUAAACUCGUUAUUACAAAAGCUACCAGUUCUGAUGGAGGGAACUAUACCUGCAUUCCUGUUCCCAGCCACGCUGGACCUGCGUCUGUCAUGGUGCAUGUCGUAAAUGGUGAACACUCUGAACCAAUUCAUCAUGUUGAGCAUAAUAGCACGGGGGGAAGCCAAUCCACUUGUUCACUUCGUCUCAACUUUCUUUUCGUCAUCCUCGCUAUCAACUACCAUCAACUACACCGUGAGUUUCAUUAGUGGAGCAGAAAACAAAUAUAGAAAACUCGUAACAAUAUAAAGUGAAGUUUUACUGUGUGAAAAGUGAUUGAGAUGAAAUAAUUUAAGCGACGUAAAUUUCCAUAACUUUCUCCGCCACCAACAACUUACUUUUCGCCAACCAACCAAAACUUCCUUAGUGACUACAUAACGACUGUGUACACUUUAACCUUUAAUACAAAUUUGUAAUGCUGAUACUGUGAUAUUUCUUUAGUCAAGUUAAUCAAUCACUCUCGGGAUAAAAGGAUAUGAACAACCACUUUUAAUUAGUGAACUGUUUGCCAAUGACCCUUUCGUGUGUCCUAUCAUCAUCAAUUUGCCCUUUGUUAGAAUGAUGCAACACAAGUAAAUGUUCUCUUUAUUCCUUAUCUUAGAAAGAAUAUUACGUAUGUGAAUUGCCAGUUGCAUACUUCCACUUGUAGCUUGGUUGUUCCGGGAUACGCUGGAACGGUGCUGGUCAGACUGGGUAUGACUUUCUCUUAUUUUUAAUUACCAAGCUACAAAUCAGGGUGUAGCUUUGAAUUUGCGCAAAUGAUUCCAAUGACGAAGAUUCGAAUUCGACCCAAAGUAUUUACUCAAUAGCAGCAAGUCGUUUGGCUACAAGUGCGUUCUUUGACUAUUAUAAAACUCUGCCGAGUGAACCAAUCUGCAUAAUGGAAAUAUAUACUUAUACGCAGUGGGAGAAACGCUAAAAAGCGUCCACAUACUGGUGUGCAGUACAGGCAGGAGGUAAAAUCUAAGCCAAAUCAUAAGUGUUUUGAUAUUUAUCUGUUAUUCAUUGAUCGAAACACACGUCAUAACAAAUACAGAGAAAUUAUGUAUAAAUUAACAAUGAUGAGAAUUAUAGAUAGCUGAUAGAACUACAUAUACCUAUACCUGAGCUAAAUAUCCUUUACGCCAUUACAUAUGUACAAUACAAAUUGACUUAGUUAAGGUGAAGGUCCGAUACUAGAUAAGUUCAUAAGCAUACAAUUAAACUUAGCGUAUAAAACUGGAGUAAAUUAGAUGUAAUACUUGAUUAAUUCUUGUACAAAUUCUUCCGUUAUCGAUUAAUUAUAGAUUUUUAUUUGCAUUGUUUACUGUUUGGAAUGUCUUAAACGAUUAUGUCAUUUUCAUCCUAUUGACCCAAAUUGUGGCAGGACAUCAAAGUAAUAUCAAAAUAUGUGGUAAAAUAGUGUACAUUUAUUAUUAUUUAUUCUGUUCCACAUUUAAUUCCGGAUAAGCUCUGUUAAACUUAAUUUUGUAUUGUCGUUUAGAGGAAAUAAAGUAAGAUUAUGACCAUGAAACAAAAAUA